UCGGGCGCUCGAUGAUGAAGUUGGCUCGGGGUAAUCGGGCGCCCGUUGAUGAUGUCGGCUGGGGGCAACGGGCGGGGCAGAGAGUGUUUGCUGUGGCGAGGCCGCUGGGCUGUGUUCUGGGCACGAUCCCGGUGUUGGCCUCAGGACCGCUGAAGGCAGAAGGGGCAAGAGGCGGCAGGCGCCGGGCCUUGCGGGGCUGAGCUUGGCUGGAGCGGUGGGGUGGUCGGUGCGGCUCCCGCCGGUUCCUGGGCCCCGCCAUGAGCCGCUUCGUGGCGGCGGCCCGGCAGCAGCUGGUGGCGGCGGCGGGCAGCAGCAGCGUGGUGGUGAAGGCCCUAUGCGGCUCCGUGCUCGCCUUGUACGGCCUUUCCUUCCUGACUGACACGGGACACGGCCUGGCCGUCACCCCGGGGUACCUCUUCCCACCGAACUGCUGGCUCUGGACGCUGCUGACUCACGCCGUGGUGGAGAAGCACAUCUGGGAUGUGGCGCUGGCUCUGGGGGCCGUGCUGCUGGCCGGGGCGCUCCUGGAACCCCUCUGGGGCGCCCUGGAGCUGCUCAUCUUCUUCGCUGUCCUCAAUGUGGCGGUGGGCGUCCUCGGGGCCUUCUCCUACCUCCUCACCUACAUGGCCACUUUCAACCUGGACUACUUAUUCACUGUGCGCAUCCAUGGCAUGGGGGGCUUCGCUGGUGGGGUGUUGGUGGCUUUGAAACAGACCAUGGGUGACACGGUGGUCCUGAAGGUGCCCCAGCUGCGGAUGAAGGAUGUCCCCAUGGCGGUGUUGGUGGCUCUCGGGGUCCUGCGGCUCACCAUGGUUCUCAGCAGCCCACUGCUGGCAUCUUACGGGUACGGAGUCCUCUCUAGCUGGGUCUACCUUCGAUUCUACCAAAAACACAGCCGCGGCCGAGGGGACAUGUCUGAUCACUUUGCGUUCGCCACCUUCUUCCCUGAGAUUCUGCAGCCACUUGUCUCUGUGGUGGCCAAUGUGAUCUACAGUGUCCUGGUGAAGAUUAGAAUAUGUAAGAAGACAGUCAAGCGAUAUGAUGUUGGGGCACCAUCAUCCAUUACAAUAAGCCUACCUGGUACUGACCCACAGGAUGCAGAACGCAGAAGACAGUUGGCGUUGAAGGCUUUGAAUGAACGGCUGAAACGUGUUGAAGAUCAAGUAGCUUGGCCUAGUAUGGAUGAAGAUGACAAAGAAGAUUUGUCUGAUAUGCCUUUACUUCCAGAGAGCAGCAAAAGCGAUGGAGAUGAUUCUGGAGCAGCAGAACAUAUUGCAUUCCAAGGUCUUUCAUCAGGAUCUUAAGAGACCAUCAAUAGAUAUCCAAUUGAGUGGGAAUGAAAUUGACUUUACUGCUGCAGGUAUCAUCAGUAGUACUUCAAACUGUUUAACUGCAGCACCUUCAAUUUGUUUGGAAAAUAAACGUGGCAGAAAAUAGAAGAUUAUAAAGGCCUGUGCAACUGUGGUGCUCAUAGCCCAACUUCAGCAGGAUUUAAUGUUUCUUUAACUCAAGGUGGUGGCUGUAACAAUUAGAGGAGGAAUUUGAACUGGUGAUGAAUUAGAUGCAAUUUUUGCUGUUAGUUCAGAAAAUUCAUUAAUUUGCAGUCAUUUUUUGAAGUGUCCUUUUUGAAUAAAGCAAUUAAUUAGCAUAAUUGAAAUGUAAAGGAAGCUCAGCAAGGGGAGGUAUGCUACCAUUGAAAUCAGAUCAGAAAGACCUGUCUGAAAAUAACAUCUUGGCUCUCAAGUUGUCCUUUUCGGAUAAAGUGCCAAAAAGCAAAUUAUUUUACUUUGAGACCAUACCAUCUGUGGGAUAUUGAAAAUUGGCACGAGUGAAUCAGUUUCAGUAGUUUUCUACAUCUAGAGAUUUGUUAUUGCGUCUGACGUUAUCACCUUCUUACUUUAAUGAACUCACCUUUUGCAAAUUUUUUUCUUCUCACUAACUUCCUACCAUCACGUGUCUGAAAGAUUUGUACCAUUCCAAAUUAUAUGUGAUUGUAAGGGUGAACCAAAUCCAAAAUUCAAUCAUGUUGGGUAAUUUGAUAUCCCUCAGUAUUUCCUCCAUGCUCCCUUUAUUCUUCCAUCAAAAUGUGUAAAUAGUAUGAUUACUCAGUAAAAAUUGCUUCAAUUUGAUGAUUUUUGAUAGAAAGCAAAAAUGGGCUCUUCUCCCACUUCACUAUUGGACAGGUUUGGGAGAUUGCAUUCUCAAAAGGCUGACAAAUUACUGGUGCUGGUCCUGAUUCUUCUGCAUAUAAGCUGUACACGCAAUUUCUACAAAUGUACUUGGAGUGAACUGAUUUGGUUAUAUGGUUUUUUGUAUCCUGUAUAAUUGUAAAAGGAACAGUGAAGACUUGUGAAAAUAUUCACUUCAAACAACCACUGAUUUCCUUAUAAGCUGCUUGGCUUGUUUUCUUUUGUGAAAUAUAUAGAUCUGACCAGGCCUAUUUCCAUACUUCUGUUCUUUGCUGCUACCACAUAUUGCAAGAGUCAAGAGUUUCUACCCAAGCCCAGGCUUGUUCAAAUACUUGACUCAAAUGGCAAACAGAAACUGGACAAAAUUCCAUAACCCAUCUAUGAUUGGACUUUUUUUUACUGAACCCUCUACGAAAUGAGUUAAGAAAUCAGUACAACAAAUGUCUUAAUGUUAUUUUGGAAACCCCAUUUAAAGGUGUGCAUAAAGCUAACUCAUUUAUAAUCAUCAGUUUCUGCAGGGUGAUUGAUGUCAGACAGUGCUGAAUGUGGUCAGCAUUUUGCUGUAUAGACACCAUUCUAGUUUUGUCUCAGAGUUUGAUAAUGAUUAUGGUAAACAUAAAGCAGAUAUCAUUUUUAAUACAUUUAACUGUACAAGAUACUUUAAUGUAAGAUUGUUUUUUAAAAAACACAAGUAUUAGUUGCAUCUAAGUAAUUUAAUGUUAUCUUGAUUAUCUGUAGGUGAAGUGUCAUUGUCAUAAUGCUGUGCUGUGUACUUUACCAGAGUAGCAUUUACCAACAGACUAAUCUCUUUUACUGGGCUUCACUUAAAUUGUAGGUUUCUUUUCGAUUCUCCUGAUGUAUCAUAGUUGCGCAGGUCAGUACAAUAAACUUUGCAAUCUCAUGUGUUCACUUCUCAUAACCCCAAAAAAAGAAUUGUUUCAGUUGUAUUCAUCAACCAGGUAAUUUUUUUGUUCUUUUUCUUGUGCUUGCAAAUCAUGGUGAAUAGGAUUAAUAAUUCAGAAAAUAUGAAUUCAGAUCCCACCAAGGCAGUUUGUGAAUUUGAAUUUGUUUUUCUUUAAUUUGGCAAGUGAAAAUUGUUUAUCGGUGAAACAUUAUGAAAGCGCAACCCAUGAAGCUGUCAGAUUGUCAUAAAACCUCAACUGAUUCACAGAAGCUCUUUGGGGAAAGAAAUCUGUCAUUUUUAUCUAUAGAUAUUCAUAUGUAACCCCAAUUCUCCACCUCUAGUUGACAAUUAACUGCUGUCUGAAGCGACUUGCAACUCAUUCAAACUGCUAUACUAUACCAUCAAAAUAAAAUGGCCACUGCCAGCACCACCAUAAGACAGCUCAUGCCUUGCCAAAAAUGUCCACAAUCUUAGGAUAAAUAUUUCAUGUGAGAGAGAUGUGUAGAGGGGUGGGGGAAGUUGCAGUACUGAUUAAGGAGAAUGUCAUAGCUGUGACAAAGAAAAGACAUCUUGAAGGAUUCAUCCACCAAUGCCUGUAUGGAUUGAAUUCAGGAAUAAUCGAGGUACAAUCACUCUGAUGGGGCUACACUAGCAGUCUUCCAAUAACCACCAGGAGAUAGAGUAACAGAUAUGUAAGUAAAUCAAUGCAAGAUGUGAAAACAACAAAGUUGUCACAGUGGGUGAUUUUAACUUUCCCAAUAUUGACUGAGACUCUCUUAGUGCCAGGGACUUAGCGAGCAAGUCAACAACCUCAUUCAUCUGAGUUGGAAAGUUUGCAUACGUUUCAUCAUCAUAGCAGGUAAUAUCAGUGCACUUCUGGUGAAACGUUGUGUUUUAUUCAGCUUGCUAUUCAAGGCUUGCUGGGGUGGGUGGUAUCAUUUCCAGUUCUGUUUCUUAGUGAUUGCCGUAUUGGGUCUAACUCUACAUAUUUGUUAGUGGAGUUUUGGAUUGAAUUCUGGUGCAUGUGUUUAUUUGGCUUGUCCUAGGAUGGAUAUGUUGACCCAGUUGAAUUGGAGUCCUUCUUUGUCCAUGUAGCUGGACACAAGUGAUAGUUGAUCAUGUCUCUUGGCAGCUAGUUGGUGUUCGAGUAUCCUGAUGGCUCGUUUUCUUCCAGUUUGCCCUCAGUAAUGUUUGUGGCAGACUUACGUGGUAUUUUGUAUGUAACCUUGAUUCUGUCAAUUGUGGGUAAGGGAUCCUUUAUACUUGGCAGUAGCUGUCGUAAUGUAGUUGUUGAUGUGUGGGCUAACAUUUUACCGAAGGGUUGGACAAUGUAUGCAUCACAUUUAUCCUAGGACAAACAAAGACAUGCAUAGGAAUUCCUGGAGGCAUGGCACUCAACCUGGAACCAAAUGAUACCACCAACCUCCAGCAAACUUGCACACACACACACACACACACACACACACACACACACAAAGUGGGACAGAACACCAAUGCUUCACUGGAGGCAGACUGAUGAUGUUACCUAGUAUGGUGACAAAAUGCAUAUCUUCAAACAAACUUACCAGCUCAGUGAGCAAGUCAACAACCUCAUCCACAGCCUGAGCUACAAAUCUUCUCAAGAACUUCAAACUUGUAUGAAUGACAGGAGAUAUUGAAAGAGUAGUCAAAAAAAGGAAGUAUCCAUAAGAUUUAGAAAGCUGAAAUCAAACCAGCAGAAAAGAACUUUAACAGGAAAUUAGGAGAACUAAAAGAGACCAUAAAAUAUCUUUGGCAAGCAUGAUUAAGGAGAAGGCAUUUUACAUGUAUGCUGGGAGCAAAAGGGUAAAUAGGAAACUGGUAGGUCCACUCGGAUGAAAGAAGGAAUUUAUGUGUAGAUCCAGAGGAAGUGGGGGAGGUCCUUUAAUGAGUAUUCACCAAGGAGAAGGACAUGGAUCAUAAGAUUAAGAGAAGAUUAGGGAAGGGUAUGUUGAUACUCUGGGCCAUGUCAAUAUUAAGGAGGUGGUGAUGGGUGACUUGAAAUCAUUAGGGUAAGUAAGUCCCUAGGGCCUGAUGGGAUCUAUCCCAGGAUUCUGAAGAAGACAAAUGAGAUUGCUGGGUCCUUGACAGACAUCUUUACAUCUUUAGCCACAGACAAGAUCCCAGAAAACUAGAGAAUAGCCAACUUUGUUCCUUUCUUUAAGAAGGGCAAAACUCAAGUUUUCAAAUUAUAGUAUUACAAACUCCAAUGGGUACAGCUGAACUUUUCCUCUGGACUGCACAUGUACGCAGCUGCUCCAAGAAUCCUUGCACGGCAAUCCGUUUCAGAUCACUGAUUGUGGUUGCAGAAGUGCUGGAGACUCGUGCAGCCAGGAAGAAAAUUUAGAGGGUAUGAUGAUUCAGCUCUAACCUCAAUUUUUUCCUCUUAAGACCUUCAUCUCAGAAAUGAGUAGUGUGAACCUUCUCUGAACUGCUAAUACAUUUAUAUACAUGUUUUUGAAAUAAGUGGAACAAAACUGAAUAUUGAACAGAUUGACAAUUGGGGGGAAAUAAAAAAGGCCUUUGCCUUGAUAAUAGAGAAUGGGUUAGAGAAAGUAGAGAAUUUAGCUCAGAAAAAUCAAGAAGUGGAAUUUGGUAAAGAUAAAGAAACAACAAGGUGGGGUGACAUUUAACUGUUUAUUGACUCCAAGCAGUAGUCACACUCUCAGCAAUGCCCUGUCCAGCUGGAGGAAAACUUCACUGCUUUUAUAUUCUUUUCCCUUGCAAUAAAGGCUGUUUUUAUUUGUAA